GUCACUCUGGCUGCUGGCCGCGCCAUCCCGCCCAAGGUCCAUCUCAUUGCCACAACGGAUGCCCCCGCCUCUACUUACUUUCGGUUGUUCACUUUGUACAAUGCCAAGGUGCAAACAACUGUAUGUCUCUGCUUGUACGGAACCAAAGUACCCAAGGAGAAUGGAGCCUCUGGAUGCGCAAUUGAGCGGUCAAUGAGCCCACCCAUUGGUCAAUUGCAACUGCCCAACAUGGACACCCUGUACGCCUCUCCUUCUUGUGCCAUCCCGUUGCCGAUUGCCACGCUUCCUGCAGCGACUGGCAUCAGCGGCAUCAAAAGGGAAAUUUUGGGUGUCAAGCCUUGGCCCUUGGACUCUCUCCACUUCUGCCAUGAUGGUACGGAUACCGCAAGUGGUGUAUAUUCUUCUCGCUCCACGGUUCUGAGGCCAAUGUGCACCACCAUGAACCAAUCCAAUGCGCCGUGUCUUAGUUCCAAGCAACUCAUAGCAUCAGUUCGGACGAGUGUCGGAAGAAAGACCCAUACCUCAACUCAAUUCAUCACCCAGACCGGUCAAUCUACUAGCAGUAGUCGAGGUUAG